ACACACAUCAACCUACACCACCUCCCCAUCGUCGACAAUUUCCUACCGAACUCCGUUCAAAAAGACUCAUACAAUCCAACUCGAAGUCAACAUAGUCCAGACCUACCACCUCCAGUUGGAAACCAUUAAAUCCUCAUCGGCCUUAAAACGUCAAUUUCCUCUCAUCAGCCCGAAUUUCUCAUUCGGGAGUCGUUGUGAACUGAAUCCACCCCAUCUCUAGAAGCCGGUGAAUUCUCGAAGCUUAUCCAACAUGGCACCAAUCGCUAAAUCUCAGUACGACUAUCACCUGGUGGUGAUUGGCGGUGGUUCUGGUGGUCUUGCAGCGGCCAAAGAAGCUGUGGAACUCGGUGCCACUGCUGCUGUCUUUGAUUAUGUUACACCAUCACCUCAGGGUACCAAAUGGGGACUUGGUGGCACUUGUGUCAAUGUCGGAUGCAUUCCGAAGAAGUUGAUGCAUCAGGCUGCACUUUUGGGUGAAGCUGUUCAUGAGGCAACGGCUUUUGGCUGGCAAAUACCUGAGCCCAAGGCCAUUGGUAAUGACUGGGAGGCACUUACCACUGCUGUACAGAAUCAUGUCAAAUCCGUUAACUGGGUCACCAGGGUUGAAUUGAGGAACAAAAAAGUGGAGUAUAUCAAUGCCAAUGGAUACUUCAAGGACGCACAUACUGUUGUUGGGGUCGAUAAAUCUGGAAAGGAGAAGGUCGUCACGGCUGAUAAAAUUUUAAUCGCUGUUGGGGGCAGACCGAGGUACCCGGAUAUUCCUGGGGCACUGGAGUAUGGAAUUACUAGUGAUGAUAUCUUCAGCUUGAAGAGGGCACCGGGGAAAACGCUGGUCGUUGGAGCUGGAUAUAUCGGCCUUGAAUGCGCUGGAUUUCUCAAUGGUCUGGGUUACGAUGCAACGAUAAUGGUGCGAUCGAUAGUCCUUCGUGGUUUCGACCAACAAAUGGCGACUCUCGUGGCCGAGGAAAUGGAACAACGUGGAGUUCAUUUUAUUUACCAAGCAAAGCCCAAAGCUGUUGAGAAACAAGCGGACGGUAGAUUAUUAGUCCACUGGGUCGACAAGAAUGGAGAGGUGCAUCAGGACGUCUACGAUACGGUAUUAUUUGCCAUUGGAAGACAGGCCUUGACGGAGCAGUUAAAACUAGACAAUGCUGGAGUGAAAGUUGUCCCCGAGACCCUGAAGAUCGACGCUCUGAACGAACAAACCAAUGUGGAGAAUAUUUAUGCCGUUGGCGACGUUCUCCAUAAACGACCGGAGCUCACCCCAGUGGCAAUUCACGCUGGUAAAUUGUUAGCAAGACGUCUCUUCGGUAAUUCACAGGAGAAAAUGGACUACCACAACGUAGCAACAACUGUUUUCAGCCCUCUGGAGUACGGAUGCGUGGGAUUGGGCGAGGAGGAGGCACUUGCUCUCUACGGGGAGGAUAAUAUCGAGAUCUAUCAUGCCUUUUACAAGCCCACUGAAUUUUUCAUUCCACAAAAAAAUAUGUCCCAUUGUUACGUCAAAGUUGUUGCACUUAAAGGCGAUGAUCAGAGAAUUUUGGGGAUGCAUUUUAUUGGGCCACAUGCUGGAGAAGUUAUCCAAGGAUUCUCUGCAGCAAUGAAAUGCAACAUUACAUUCCCACAACUGAAAUCAACAGUCGGAAUUCAUCCAACGAGUGCUGAAGAGUUCACACGUGUUUUUAUAACAAAAAGCUCGGGAUUGGAUCCAACGCCCCAGAGCUGCUGUAGCUAGGAAAUUAACAGAUGGAUAAUGAGUUUUAAUAAAUUAAUAUUUCUCAUUAAAACCGUCACAAAAAAAGUAUUGAAAGGAAAUUCUUUAUUCUGUAAAAUUAAAGAUUUUUUUUUCUCCUUCA